AUGGCAAAUGAGGAUCAACAUGAAAAAAGUGCAAGUGUAGUGGUAAAGUUUUACCAGCAUAUUCUGGCUUUAGCCUUUGCCAUAAAAGAGAUCAAUGAAAAUAUCAAGAUCUUGCCCAAUAUUACACUUGGGUCCAACAUCUAUGACAGCUAUAAUGAUGUGAGGAUGACUUAUUGUACCACUCUGGACCUGCUCUUCAAAUCACAAAAGGUUGUCCCCAAUUACAGAUGUGGCACCCAGAAAACCUUCAUAGCUGUCAUUGGUGGAUUUGGGUAUGAGACAUCCUUUCAUAUGGCGGAAAUCUUAGCUCUCUACAAAAUUCCACAGGUGCUGCCCCUUUCAAUUUGUAAUGACUAUUGUCAGCCUGGUUAUCGGAAAGAAAAGAAGGAAGGGGAGAUAUUUUGCUGCUAUGAUUGUGCUCCUUGCCCAGAAGGGAAGAUUUCGAACCAGAAAGACAUGGUUGACUGUAUUAACUGCCCAGAAGAUCUAUAUCCAAGCAUGGACCGGGAUCGCUGUAUUCCCAAGACAAUAAGCUUUCUGUCUUAUAAGGAACCUUUAGGGAUCAGUUUAACUUCUGCUGCUGUUUGUUGUUCCCUGAUUACAAUCUCAGUGCUUGGGACUUUUAUUAAACACAGUGAUACUCCCAUCGUAAAAGCCAACAACCGAGAUACCACCUACAUUCUCCUGACCUGUCUCCUGCUCUGCUUUCUCUGCUCUUUUCUGUUUCUUGGAAAACCUAGGAAAGAGACCUGCUUCCUCCAACAGUCUGCUUUUGGCAUCAUCUUUUCAGCAGCGGUGUCUUGUAUGUUGGCCAAGACCAUCACUGUCAUCGUAGCUUUCAUGGCCACCAAGCCUGGAUCCAACAUGAGGAAAUGGCUGGGGAAAAGACUGAACAACUCUGUUGUUAUUGCCUGCACCCUUAUGCAAGUGGGAAUUUGUGUGGUGUGGCUUAGAACCUCUCCCCCUUUUGCAGCUUUUGACACACAAUCUCUGAGUAGAGAGAUUGUGGUAGAAUGUAAUGAAGGGUCUGCCGUUAUGUUCUACAUUGUCCUGGGCUACAUGGGACUUCUGUCCAUCAUCAGUUUGACUGUGGCCUUUCUAGCCCGAAAGUUGCCAGACCGUUUCAAUGAAGCCAAGUUUAUCACAUUCAGUAUGCUACUCUUUUGCAGUGUUUGGGUGUCUUUUGUUCCCACCUACCUGAGCACUAAAGGGAAAUACAUGGUAGCCGUGGAGAUCUUCUCUAUCUUAUCCUCCAGUGCUGGGUUACUGACUUGCAUCUUUUGCCCAAAAUGCUAUGUUAUUCUGCUGAGGCCAGAGAUGAACAAAAGGGAACAUCUUACAAUUAGAAAACAUUAA